GCUUCUUCUUCGUCCGCCCCGUCCUGCAAGUGCGAUCGGUCUCCUCUUCGACCAUUACGAUGGCUGCGCAAUAUUAUCAUUUUGGACGUCACCAGAUUUCCGAGAGUGAAGUGUUCUACACCACCCAGCUUUCAUUUGCCCUUGUCAACAAUCGUCCUGUUCGUCCGGGUCAUGUGCUUGUGUGCCCAAAGCGUGAAGUGAAGCGUGUUGCUGAUCUAACUGCUGAUGAGACUUGUGAUUUGUGGAUCACAGCACAGAAAAUUGGUAGGCAGCUUGAAAGCUACCAUAAUGCAUCAUCGCUUACAUUUGGUAUCCAAGAUGGGCCCGAGGCAGGUCAGACGGUUCCUCAUGUUCACAUUCAUAUUAUUCCCCGAACAGCUGGUGAUUUUGAGAACAAUGAUGAUGACAUAAAUGAUGAAAUUGAUUUGAAAGAGAAGCAGUUAAAGAGGAGGCUUGAUGAGGAGGAGAGGCAAAUAAGGAGCCUUGGAGAGAUGGCUGCAGAGGCAGAUGAGUACAGAAAACUUUUCCAAUGAAAAUUUUAACGUGUGAAAUAGAGGUUAAAUCCUUUAAAUAUUCCGCUUGACAUGGUUCCAGUCUAUUGGGACUAUAUGAACUAUAGUAAUCAAAUUUGUAGCUAAAGUAUAAGUUAUAAAACUUGAUGCUUGUGGCCUUAUGGUUGUGGAGGACAUCAUAAUAUUAAAUGAU